UGUAGUAGCCUACUCAUUCAUACAUUCCUGCAUAUGCACACUGCAUAUGAUAGGCUAAACCUGGUGUGAAAUUCCAUGGUCGUUGAAAAUUGAGUUGACUCUGAAGACAUUUCCAGUAUGCAGGUUAUGCCAUCUUGUGGACGCAUUAAGUAAUGUGGACGUAUGGAGAUCAGUUUUAUUGCCUGUUAUAGCAUAAGUUAGUUGGCCUAUUGAGAUAAGAUUUAUUAUGACGAAUACACGAUUGUUUGGGGGAGAGGCUUACUUUACUGGCCAAAUAGCCUACAUUAGCAUACACACAUGUGGACUCAGCCCAUCCCAGCUGGUAGGCUAACCCCGUUGCGUUAAUGGUUUGUAUAGGCGAACUAAUCCGAUUGCUGCAGUUAAUGGGUCUUGUUUGCGAGCUCGUGAGAGGGGAAGGGUCUGCCGUUUGCUGAUUCAAUGAGCAUUCCAACUUCAAAUUGUUUUAGUUUCUGUUACUCCCAUGUGUAGGCUACGUAAAACAAAUUUAGCGUUGAAAGAUGACGGACUCUGUUGCUCCAGAGUCCUAUAAUAGCCCAAACUCUACGAUGGGUUCCACAACCGUGAUGAACGGACGGACUUCUCCUCCAAGUCACAACCUGCCCCGGUCGACUUCAUCUGAUAUGGAUGGAGACCACGAGAUGAAAGUUAGAGAGGGCGUAGAGGGCCAAGAUUUGCUGGAGAGCAGCUUGAGACUGAAACCUUAUGAAGCUCAGAGGUACCGCAAGAGAGCAUUGUGGGUGUCGUGGAUUUCCAUCAUAAUUACACUCAUCCUGGCUGUUGCGGCCUUCACUGUUUCUAUUAUGAAAAACAGUGUGUCAGCCUUUGGAUUUGGUUUUGAUGCCACAUUAGAUGUACUGUCCUCAAUUAUUGUGUUGUGGCGCUAUAACAAUGCAGCCGCCGUGCACUCCGCCUACAGAGAAUACAUAGCGUGCUUGAUCUUGGGAGUUGUGUUCAUCCUGUCCUCCCUGUGCAUUGUGGGAAAGGCUAUCCAUGACCUGGUAGCUCAGGUCUUGCCUGAAGUCGAUGACUUCCUUUUUAUUGUGUCCGUUGUGAGUGGGGUGCUGUGUCUCGUCCUGGCUGUGCUGAAGUUCCUACUUGGGAAGGUUCUCACCAGCAGAGCACUCAUCACUGAUGGAUUUAACUCCUUCGUCGGGGGGAUCAUGGGGUUCUCUAUACUAAUCAGUGCGGAGGUCUUCAGAUACCACGACAGCGUCUGGUUCCUGGAUGGCACCAUUGGAAUCCUCAUAGGACUCACCAUCCUCGCCUAUGGAAUCAAGCUAGUGAUUGAUAUGGCUCCCAGGGUGAGGCAAACGGAGAGCUAUGAGCGGUUCGAGUGAAUGAGUCCCUGCCAGGCCGCAGAAGAAUUAUGGUCCUGCUCGCUUGUGCCAUCCAUUUCAUCUUUUGGCCACACUAACUCUGCCUCUAACCAUCUCCUUCUCUCCCUCUGCGUCUCAUUUGAUAAAACAGAGCCAUUGUCUGUCCAGGCCUGUCAACGUCAUUUUGGUUUCUUACUGGCCUCUGACCAUAGUCAUCGAGUAAGCUCUUUUUUUAGCCUGGAGGAGAGGAGAUACAAAGAGUACUCUCUAACCAACAAAAUCUGCUGUUACUUUUUCUACUGUUUAGCCAGUAGAUGGCGCAUGUUGGGCCAUCAACCGCUACAACCUGUUCAGAGUGUCCUCGGAAUAUUCAGCGUAGGCCUAUGCGUCACGGUGAUAUCAGGGUUCCUGUGCAACUGGUACUGUAUGUGGACAUCUGGGUGGUUGACCUUGAUCAAUGUUGAGGAGUGAACAGUGUCCAAAUGACCCUGACCAUGUCUUGGCAUGCCACUAACAGCCCGUAAUCAUCUGGCCUUUCUGAAGAUAUGCACAAUAUUGUGUAUCAUUUUUAAUGGUGUGAGUGUUAUUGAUACCUCUUAGAUACGCACGAGGGAAGCUUGAUUUUUUUUUUUCAGAUGUUUUUUUUACUGAUGUUAGAUCACCUGCUGACAAAAACAAUGGAGCUCAUUCUUAUACAAUAUUUAUUGAAAGGUUUAGAAGAAGUUGUCAGUAGUCAAGUUUUGUCUGUGUUUCACCAUUUUUUAGGUCAAGGAGAAUGUUUACCAAAAUGCUGAUAUACAGUGUGACACAUUGUACAUACAGUACUGUACAGCUUGACUUUAUUCUCUUUUUGUCACUUGAUGAACUGUCAAUAUCUGCUGAACCAUCAAUGCCUCCUUUUUGAGUAGAACAGGGGUUUGCAACCUUAGACACGUUGCACUCUGUGUAGACAUUACUGUAAUACAUGCUACUAUAAUGGUCACUUCUUUUCACCUACUGUACACAUGACUGAAUAGACAUUCCAAUGCAUCUCACAUCCUUUUGACUGUACUCAAGUGAACCUAUAGAUUAUAGGUUGACAUAUGAGAUGUGUAGAAUUCAAAACGGAGGCCUUCUCAAAAGAUGCACAUAUUGUGUUAUAGGUCAUGACAGUGUUUUUGUGAGUUGUGAGUAUUUAAAUCAAGUCAAACAUUUUGGGAAAUAUUUUUCUUUGAAUGUAUCAUCAAUGUGCAUCUUGAUAUUUAUGUACUUUACUUUCUGUUACAUAUUUAUUUCACUUUACUUUUUCCUGGUGUGGAAUUUUUCUUUGCUGAGAAAGUGCAUUUAUGCAUUUUCUGAGAGUGUAUUCAAAAUGCAUUUAUGAUGAAAAUCCAUAAUUACAAUUAUUUACAGUAUUGCUCUAUUUUUGUUUACCCCAUCAUACAUAUGACUGCACCCAUGUGCAAAUGUACAGUGUACUGGACCAAAUUUCAAAUUGCAUAUUCAGUUUCAGUUGGAAUGUUUUGACAUUGGAUCAACUUGAAUGAAUAUAUUUUGGUAUGAUCAUUAAA